AUGACGACAGUAGAGGAACUUUACAAAGCAUUUGGUUUGCUCGCAGAUGCAAAAGACAAAGCUGGGGAGGUUAGUAAAAAGUUAAUGAAUGAUCUAUUUGAUUUUAAAUAGCCGACCCAACGAUACCAUCGCUAUCGUAUUCAUAACGAGGUCGUGGUUCCUGAGAAUGGAAGAAUUCAGCUAUUUUUCUCACUGUCUUGUAGCCUGUUUCGUUUUAGGCGUACGUAAGUAAUGUAGUAAGUAAAUAAAUCGGCGUUCGUUUAUUGGUAAUUCUGGUCGGCGUCUAUCGUUGAACGUACUAUAAGUAACUAUCUAUAUAUCAUUAGGAGUAGGCAUGUUAAUAAUGGGUAUAUAAAGUAUAUAUAAAUGUAAUAAAAUAAAGGCCAUCAUCAUAGUUUUGUAGUAGCCUGGUCUGAUACUGAUAGGUAAAGAUAUAUUUUAAAUAUACCUUAGUAAUAUUUGGAAAGAAAUAAAACCCUCUUUAAGAAGUGUCCUUCUGUAACAACUUAAGUUCCUGUUCCGUUGGGUAUCAAAUUCUGGUUCAGUAACAACUAACGUACUAAAGACAGGUUAGGAGAGUUGGCAAUUUAAAAAAAAUGAUUGACUGAUUCGAUUUUAAUUUAAAUAAAAUGUGAAAAAAGAGGAAUUUUCAUUUGUUCUCUAACUUUGAUUCAUUGAUUGUCAUAGUACAGUGGGAUUUAUAUUUAACUAUAAUAUGUAAAUGCGCCAGUUACUAAAAAUUUAAUGACAAAUUAGGGAAACGUUAUGGGUUAUUGAAGUUAUUGUUUUAUACUUUAUGAUUAUUAAAAGGACAAAUUAAUCAUUAAUAUGGGUUAUGAAGAUUGAUAUUAUCAAUCUUCUCCACCUAGAAGCAUCACUGAGACUUCUCUUACACAAUAUGUAGUGGCCUAAUUAUUAGGGGUGUGCCGGACCCCGGUCUGGAAUCCGGUUCCGCCGGAUUUUGCACUAUCCGGUGAAAUCCGGUUCCGCCGGAUUUACAUGUAUCCGGAACAACCGGAUUCCGGAAUCCGGAAUAUACCGGAUUUCGGAAUUUGCCAGAUUUUGUGACUCACCGGAUCAUAAUCUGAAAUAAAAGUAAUUCUCUUUCCCGAAUUUCACACGAUCACGAUACAUUAAUCGAUUGUUUCGAGCGUUGAGCUUGUUUAAUAUUCCGUACAUACCAGAGGCUAGAGUCAGCACCGCUAAUAGUGGCCAAUAGUGUAGGGACUUUGAUAAGAAAAUUUAAACUUUUUGUAAAAAUAAACCAAUGGCAUAGUUGAAAAGAUGUAAUUUUUUAAAGAAUUAUAACACCAAAAUCAUAUUUUUAGCUGUUGUAGUUUUAAAGUUAUGAAUUUUUAAAGUACGACUUGGUUUGUCAUUUUUUAACAUGGACUGCAUCUCCACAUUCUGUGAUCUCAUUCCACCAAUCCCGUCAUGCGCAAUGACUAUAUAGUUUAUAUAAGGCAACGCAUUCCCUGCCUUAUCACUAAAAUACUGUUUAGACUUAGUUUAAACUUUCAACUUUGGCACAUGAAUAAUUAAUUAAAGCUUUCCCUGACCAAUGGUUUAAUAGUUUUUGCACACGGCAAACUCUUAUGAAUGAAACUCUGAGGUAGUACUACGAUACAGUUAUGCAAGUGGCUGUGAAUGGUUGCCAAUGACAACGUGUUGCACACGGUAAAUUCUGAUCAUUUAUAAUAUGGAUUCUACCGGGUUGUUAAAGCUCAAAUUAAAACAUUCCAGUUCAAAUGUCUUUAAAUGCAUUCUGAAACACAAGUUAUCAAUUAUUUUGAUGUAAAUAGUGAUAAUAAAUUAAUAUUUCCUAAGUAUCGUCAACUUCCGCCAUUAAAAAGGGGGGCGUGGCCAACCCCAUGGCGAAAUUAGGUUGAGCGAGCUGCAUAACCAGCUGCGAACGCGUAGAAACAUGGCGUCUCUCGUAAGACACUUAUCCAAAUGGAACGGAACUCAAAUAUAUAUCGAAAGUACUAAUUUAAUAAUAAAUAGACACACACAUCGGAAAAUUAAAAACUCGGAUUUUUUGGCGCCGAUUGCGAAUUCCCAUACACAAAAAGUAGUAGUCUACCUUGACUUACCGAAGUAUCUACCAAUAGUACCAAAAUCCGGGAGAAACCGGAAUCCGGAUCCGGCGGAUUUCGCAUAAGAAAAUCCGGAUCCGGUUGGAAAAAACGGAUCCGACACGCCCCUACUAAUUAUAUUUAAUUUAUACACAAUACUAAUUUUGUUUGUUUUUUAACUAAACAAGUUGCUGACGCUGGAUGGAAAAAUUUUGCUGCAUAUCAAUAUCAUAAGUGUUGUUUAAUUUUUCACACAUUAAUACUAAUACAAUCUCUGCUCUGAAAGGUGUUGGCUGUGGAUAAGGGAAAUAGAGGAUGAUAAUAAAGAGAAAUCAUUUUGUUAAUCAAAAUGUCCUUUAUAAAUAAAUAUUUCUAGUUUUGAUUGACUACGUAAAUAAUGAUGUACAAUAUCAGCAAAACAUGUUUGGUUGUAACAAGUUUGUUAGUUUUAGUUCUUAGUCAGUGAUAUUGAAUUUUAGGUUUGACUCAGUCAAAAGCAGAGUUCAGUGUAUUCAUUUUGGGUUUGGUUAACUUCCCAUUUCUAAUAUCCUCAGUUUCCAUAUUUUUAGAAUCUGAAAUUCAAAAAUAUUUUAUUCUGCAUUUGUGAUUGUUUGUUGUAAUAGUAUUAAUUUUAAAAUAAAAUAGUUAAAUUCUGAGCGCAGGCUAAGCUCACACACUCUGCAUUGAUAUCAAAAACAAGGUACGGGAGAUCCCCAUAUCAUAUCCAAACGGAAGGAUGGGGACUGAUUUCAAAUGUAUGCAGUUAAAAUACAUAAAUAACUAUAUUUCAGGCAACGCUUAAGACAUUAUGUAAAAUUGUGGUAAAUUCUGAGAAAGCGCCCCAAGUCUAUUUCCAUGGCCGCCAUCUUGGUUGCCUCGACCCGCGCACUUUUACAUGUGCACGGGUCGAGGCAACCAAGAUGGCGGCCAUGGAAAAAUAAAAUAAUUCACGUUUGCUAAAAUUUGGAAGAAAAAUUUUAAAAUGUAUGACAAAAUUGUCGGAAAUCGAUCCCUAUGCCUAACCCUAACCCUAAAUCUAUCCCUAUGCCUAACCCAAAAUCGAUCCCUAUGCCUAACCCUAAAUCGAUCCCUAACCCUUACCCUAAAUCGAUCCCUAUGCCUAACCCUAAAUCGAUCCCUAAGCAUAACCUGAACCCUAAAAACUAGCCGUAAAUCCACAAGCGAAAACACAUGGAAUUUCACACUUUGGGAAGAAAACUAUAAAAAUUAACAAAAAAAACAAUAAAAAGGGGCCCCAAAUAAUUAUAAACUGAAGAAAUAAUGAAAAUCCAACUAACAGUUUCAUGAAAUACACUUUUACACACUUUAUUUCAGGCUCCAAGGAAAAUAUAGCCACAAAAUGAAUAAAUCUCCACACCCACAGGCACCCCAAAGAUAUCAAACAUGGCGGAACAAAAGAAAUAUGAUAAUGAGCCAACCAAUGAAAAUUUUACAAUGAUAAUUAAUCAACCAAUAAAAUUUUAAUUCCGAAAAUGUAACUCUUUUAACAAAAAAAUAUUAAAAAAUAAAGGGAGUGAAUCCAAAACAAAGUCGUCGUGGGCCGCUAAAUCUGAAAUAGCCAAAAUUGUUUAUUAAUAUCAUUAGGCAUAGGCUAGAUGGUAAGCCUAUGAUUUUUUACUACAAUUAAAAUUAAAAAUGUCGCUGAUGUGCCCAUGUCAUGUAAUAUUAAUAUAACAAUUAUUACAUUUGGCUCUAGUUUUAAUCUCAGAAAUAAUGUAAAUUUGAUAUCUUUUACUAAACAAAACCUAGCCCACUGAGUUUUUAACUAAUAACAAAUGUGAAGUGGAAAAACCCUUAUUAUCAUAUGGAAAGUGGGAAGUAUAGGGACCCAUUUUCAACAGGAUGGCGAUAGCUUUUCUAGAUCUAGUCGUAAUGAUAGCUUUUCUAGAUCUAGUCGUAAGAAAAUCAUCAAUAUAGGUCCAAAUACGACCUACAUAAAUUGAAAACAGGCUGAAUACAAGGCAGUAUUUUUUGCUAUAUUUAAAAUUGAAUUUUUAUAUUUUGCACGACCAGUCGUUAGUACUUAGGUAACCAUUUGUUUGAUCAGAUUCUCAAAGGGAUGAAAUGAAAUGAUAAACUCAGGUGUUAGGCUCUCUUUUGUAUGAAAUAUAAUUAAAGUUCAAUCUUGCAAUGUAGGUUAUUGUUAGGUAUGUGACAUACUGAGUUAACGUUGGAAUUCAUACAAGUAAUUAAGGUCCUCCAUAACAAGGCAUGGUUUGGACCACGGAUAAUGUCCAAUUUUCUUAUUUAACUGGUCUUCAGUGUCAGUUAUGAUCCUGACAUUUGAUGUUGGAUCAUUAUUAGAGUGGUUUUCUAUGAAUUAUUUGGUCAAAAUACCUUAUUGGUUGGCAAAUGAAAUCAUUGUUCUUAUUUAAAAAUUAACAUGUAUAAGUCAACAAAAAAAAAGAAGCUAAUUAAAUUGUUUAUUUUCAGCAUGAGGCAGAGUUUCGCUUAUUUCUGGCGGCCAGUAAAGGCAAUGUUGGUGAAAAGAGACUUGCAUCCCAAUUCAUAUGUAGAUUUUUUAAGUACUUUCCUACAGCUCAAGAUGAUGCCAUAAAUGUUUUAUUUGAACUCUGUGAGGAUUCUGAUGCUAAUGUAAGAAAAUUUUGUUAGUAUUGUUAUGUACUGUUAUAUGGUUUUGCAAAUAAAGAAAAACAAUACCAGAGCUAAUAAUAUUACCAAUAUUCAAUAUAAUUAUACUAUUAAGUUUAUUAAAAGUAUACAAAAUCAAAUAUACAAAAAUAAAAACUGUAUUAACUUAAAGCACAUCAAGUGAAAAGUUGUAAUCCUUGAAAAAUACAAAUUAUUUAAUAUACUCCCAAAGAGUAAAAUCUUGUAAGGCUCCUAUAAGUAUGUUAAGUCUUGAAAGUUUCAUGUCUAGGAAAUCUAGCAAAAAUUUUCCGGCUGGGAAAGCUGCCAUGUUAUUUAUAAUAGUGGGUGGUGGAGGUAACAACUGGAAUCUAAAUUUUCACUUAAAACAAAAAAAUACCUGUAUUCUAAGGGGUUUGGGGAAAUAUUAUGACAUUGUUAUAAGACUCUUGCUGUGCACAUUGCUAAUAGUGAAAUGAGCUAUUCUUAGAACUGGGAUAAAAGUGUUCCAAGAUGUGCUAUUAUAGGCUCAUAAAACUUCUGGUCUUUAACUAGGACGUAGUAAAUGUGCUCUGUAUGACAUCCUGCCUCCUCACAAAAGGAGUGCUGAGAAACAAUAUGGCUCUUAGGAUCUGUAGUUAAGAAAGCUGUUGACACCCCCCUUUUUAUGUCUUCUCAAUAAGUUCACUGUGCAUGGUAAAUACAGCAAAAUAGCCUGUCUUUGGUGGAUGCACUGAAUUCUAGUUCACAUACAAAUGAUUAGUUCAAAGCUAAAAUCCUGUAAAAAUUCUUUUAGAAAGAUACGAACAAUGGGUGGAAAUACUGGAAAGAAGACAGAAGCAGAUAAAUUGGUUUGAAUGCAUCUUAAUUUUUUUUUUUUUUUAACAGAUCCGAAAGCAAGCUGUGAAAGACAUUCCCUCUCUUUGUCGUACAUGCCCUGACAAGGUUUCAAGAUUUGCAGAUGCUUUGUCUAUGCUGCUGGGGACAGAAGAUGUGCAUGAAUUAUCCGGCAUUCAAGGAUCUCUCUAUAGCCUCUUCUCAAUCAACAUAAAAAGUAAAAUUUUAGAAAAUUCAUGAGUCUUCCAAAUAAUUUAUUUCUAGCAAAUACCUGUUAAAUUAAAUUUAAUCCCUUAGCUGCACAAUUUUUCAUUAAAAAAAUAGCAAGAAAGUAAUAUUUUCUUAGAUCACAUGUUAAGAUCAAUAGAUGGAAUCAUUAAAUGUGUAUUACAUUAAGCCAUUAAUUAGUAAAUUCUAAAACUUUGCUUUCCACUCUUUCCUUAUGACUGUAAAUAAUAAAUGAACAUACUUUGCUUGGUCCAUUAAAUUGUGUUCAAUUGUUUGAAUUGUGAAUGAGUCACAUGGACAGACUUCAGGAACUAGUUUUCUUGAGUUUGGUUAAAAGUUAACAGGUGGGAAUGUGUGAAUUAAAUUUCAAGUGUUUCCCAAAGAAAAAGUUCAUGCCUAAGACUAAAAAAGUAUUUUUAAAGUUUCUUUUGCUUCUGCAAAGACUGUCAAUAAAAGAGAAUAGUGGAACAAGGUAUGUUGAAGCUUGAAAUGAAAAGACGGUACAGUACAAGAAGAGAUGUCUUUUAAAAAUGUGAGUUGUAACACAUUUCUCAUAGGUGUAUUGGAACAGUAAAUAGCGCUGUUUCUGUCAGGCACAACACAUCAAAAUUAUUGAUGUCUGCUGGUUCAGAAAGGAUUUUUUUCAAAUACUUUGAAAUUGGUAACAAAUCACCAAUCUGCCAUUGCCAUACAUCUGAACAUUGCACCCAAAGCUGAACUAUCAACAUUUUAUUCAUUUGUCUAGGUGCUCUGGAAGGUAUAUUCUCUAGACUCCUCCAAACCUCAGAAGAUGAGGAGAGUUCAGAUGAAGUCAUGGGACUCAUCAGAGAGCGGUUGCUCCGAUUCCUGGUUGUCAAAAUCAAACAGAUUGGGGACCUGGAAAAGGAUGUUGAGGAUUUCAUCAUGGAACAAUCCAAGAAGGUGUGCAUUUACCUGAAUAGAAUAUUGCUUCGUUGAUAUUAGAAGUAUUGGUCUCUAACAUGAUUUUUCACAAAGGAUUAGGAGGUUGUAUAGUCUUUGUCUUUUUUUUGUGAGUCUUCAUCAAGAUUUCAUUGCAUUUUAUACUAAAUCUCACUUAAAAUCCUUUCCGAUUUUUUUUCAAGAGGAGAAUUCACUUUUAUUCCUACAAACUUUCAGUUGCUGGAGGAUGUUACCAAAGAUGAGUUCAUUGCAGUAAUGGAUUUGCUCCGUAGCUUAAAGACAAUGGCCACAGUCCAGUCUCGACAGCAGCUGGUGGAAAUGGUUGUUGAUCAGGCGGCUUUGGAUGAACCUUUUGAGGUGUGAUGUCUUGAUGUUUUACAAUGAUUUCUAUGCAUAAUAAGCAGAAUUUUGUUAAAAUAUAUAAAAUAGGUCAACAAUUUUUAACAUUGUGCCUAAGUAAGAUUUCUAAUUGAGGGAUCAAUUGGGUAGACAAUUUCACAGGACACCAAAUCUGAUUUCAGCUUGUUGUAUAUUCCAAUAUAUUCAGCAUGCCAAGAACAUAUAAGUUUACUUGCUCUAAAAAUUUUAUACAAUAUCAAAUUAUUUUGAAAUUGAGAUUUUUAGAGAAUCUCUGUUUUCCUUAGGUAUUUUGACAACAGUAUUAUCACGUGAAAUACUUCUAAUUAUUUGUUUUCUAUGUAGAAUGGGGACAAACAAUAUUUUUAUAAAAGUGUUUUUAGCUUGAUAAAUUCCUUUUGUUUACUUGUAUCUCCAGGCAUCUGACCCUGAUUGUGUUGAUAGACUUCUGCACUGUAUUAAGUCAGCAUCACCAAUGUUUUCAGUAAGCUUUGUUGUACUUUAAUUAUACAUUUUUUACAUUAAAUCAGCAAGUGUUUACCUUUAAGCAGUUCCACAUUUCUCUUGAUUUCAUAACAUGUCCAGCACCCCCAUGAUAAAAAAUGCUUUAAAAAUUCCAAUUGAAAUGGAAUUUUUGGAGUCUCGUCUGCCACAUUGCACAACUAGCAGGUACCCCUGGUUGAGAAGCCCUGCAUAAAUUUGUCGGUGUAUAAGUUUUUUGAAAAAUGUUAACCUCCUCAAACUUUUUUUUAUAAAAACUCCUAACUUUUUAAACUUUUUGAUCUCAGAAAAAUGUCCACUCCAAGCCGUUCGUUGUAUACAUAUGUGACCACGUCCUGCCGGUGCUGAAAGAUUUGGCCAGCCCGGAUGAGGACACAAACAUUCAAUUAGAGGUGCUAAAAACAUUUGCAGAAAUCUCUGAGUUUGCUGGUGAUAUAGAUAAGUUGGAAAAAAGAGUGAAUACAGUAUUUACUGCCCUGCUGGUGAGUACUGAUUGCACAGGAAAUUUGUUUUCCACAUUCAGCCUUUAAAAUGAAUUUUUUUUUUUAAGGGCAAAUGUGUGUCAAAUUGCAUGGCAUCCCAUUCCUGUGAACGUUUUUUCAACUUUACCCAGUUUCUUCAACUUUCCCCAUGUCUCUUGAGCUGUCUCAUAUUUCUUCAACUGUCCUUAGUUUUAACCCAUCCCUUUAUGUUGCAAAUCUAGGUGUACCUUUGGAUUUUUUUUUCCCUUUACCUCCGUUUUGAUUCUGUUCAUUCUAUGCUUUCAUCAUAGCUUUAGCUUAUUUAAUGAUAUCGAGGAAGAUCUUUGCUCAAGGCAAAAUAUUGUUUUUACUUGUUGUGCUCUUAUUGAUUCUAUAUCAUUUUUAACUGCAGUCUUUAAUAUUAUAAAGUUUUUCAGCCAAGUUUUAGCUUGAUAAAGACUGUAGUAUCCUGUGCCCUAAGCUUCUUAUUUUUCCUUAGGACUACAUGCCCCUACCACCAUCAGAUGAGAAAGAGGAAUUAGCCACAGAGGAGCCUAAGCUAAAUUUUUCUCAGGUUGAAUGUCUUCUGUUUUCCUUCCACCAACUUGCCAGGAAGUGUCCUGGAUUCUUGACUGAUGAAUCCAACUCAGAACGGCUUAAGGAUUUGAGAGUGAGGUAUGUUCAUUUAGUGUUAGUUCUUUUUGAACAUUGUGUUUGAGGACAUUUCAGUUGCUUUUUUAAAAAGAUAAAUUAACAAAGAUAUUGCCAGUAACAAAAACAGAAUGGAUUAUUUGACAUUUAUAUAAUUCUAUGUAAAACUUUUCUGUAAAGGUUGGAGGCAGUCAGAUUUUGUAUUACAUGUGUAUAUUUUUUUUUCCUUAGAUUGCAGUACAUCGCUCGUGGCAGUCAGAUCUGUAUUAAACGUUUGAAAGAAGCCCUUGUUGGCAAAUCUGGAGAUGCUUUAAAAGCUGAAGAGGUAAAAUAAAAAUAUAAUAGUGGUUUUGAUUCACACUGAACACUUUGCAUAUUGCUGUAGUAAUUUUUCUAAAAACUUGUAUUCCCAUCUUUCUUGUAUCAAGAUGCAAUGAUGGUUACUUUUGCUUUACUUGAUAUCACUUCUCAUUUGAGUGGGGAUUGUGAUUUUUUUUGUGAUUUUAUUUAGAAUAUGACUCAUUUUUUAAUUAAAUAAUUGUAUUUUCUAUGUCAUGGAUUUAUUUAUUUUUCUUUGGCAAAGAAUGCAUGCCCCAUAUGCUCCCAUUCUUUCAAUUGUGUUCUGUAAUGUUUAGUUUCAGCACUAUCAUGUAAUAACUAGAAAUAAUCCGCCAAACAAUGGGGAUUUUAUUUUUAAGCAAUAAAGCCAUACAUACACACCUCGAUAAUCAUUAUUUGUGAUAAUUUCAUAUUGAACUUAUGUCCAUUUCAAUUAUCAUUAAUUUUAGAACAAAAAAAGAAUUGUCGCACUGAAGUUGUUUACAAACAUAACUUUGCUGGUGAAGGACCUCAUGCACAAUCCCCCAUCCUAUAAAGUUACCAUCACGUUAUCUUGGCGACCAACAAGGGUGAGGCUAAGUUUGAUAUCUCGAAUACCCUUUUAUUGCAUUAAUAGCAGUGUAAUCAUAAAUUUAUUUUGAAACAAAAUUUAUCAGUUUAAAUUUAGAAUGUCAAAAUAAUUUUUAUUUUUAAAAACACUAUUUUUUUCAGGAAAUAAAACCAGUUGAAAGCUCUGAGAAUCUGAAAAACCCAUCUCCAGGGUGUGUAUGGUUAUCUUAACAUAAAGUUUUGGUAGUUGGAUAUUGUCUUAGACUUUUGGUAUUAAAAAGUACAGCUUCAUUUAUUUAUCUAUGUAUAUAUAUGUGUGCAUAUAUUGUAUUGAUAAUGUCAGAUUGUUUCAUAAAAUGUAAAAAAAAUAAUUUUCUCAAUCAUCAAUGCAUCUUGUAUUUACAUUCAAUUACUCAAAUUUGAUCUCAUUAUAGUUUUGAUUGACUAAUGUGGGCAGCUGAAUGUGUUUCAUAGUCUAGUCUUUAUUUUUUUUCAAUAUAUAACGAACCAUGUAGAUUAAGAAACAAUUUUUAAUCCGUUUUUUUAAAUAAAAUUUUUGUUAUAGGCAGAAACGUAAUAUCACACCAAUCACUUAUGAUGACGCUAAUGGCAAGAAAAGCAACCCAAAGCAGGCUAGGACUUUGUACCAACCACCAAGUGGAAAGUUUAGUGACAAAGCAGGUGAGCAUACAUCUUAUCAUUAGUUUUACCUUCAGGUGAUCAUUAAAAGAUGAUUAUUGAUGUUCCUAUCUUAUAAAAUAUCAGUUGUUCCUUAUUAUUUUUUAAUACUCAGAGCAAUUUGUCAUCCUCUCAAGAUAACACCAUAUUUGUGUCUCAGAGCAAUUAGUCAUCCUCUCAAGAUAACACCAUAUUUGUGUCUCAGAGCAAUUAGUCAUCCUCUCAAGAUAACACCAUAUUUGUGUAUAUUACUGGCUUAUAAGUUGGAUGUAUUAAAAAAUCAAAUGCCCCUUUAAUUUUAAUUGUAAAUCUUCAGGUUCUUAUACAAACUACAACAGAGGUGGUCGAGGCGGCCGUGCCAGAGGUGGGUUUAGAGGCAGAGGACAGAGAGGAGGAAGGGGCGGAUUCUAUCAAAACAAACUGUAGAUUUGCCCUGUGACUUGAGCAGCUUGGACAAUACUUCAUCGCCCAGUGAAAUAUUAUGUAACUAAAGAGAGCAAAAACUGUUGAUUUUUAUUGAUGUACUUUGGAUGGUUUUUCACAUAUUUUAAUUCAAUUUGGGUGAUGUGAUUGCUAAAACAAAAUUUCACUCUCCUCUUGUUAAAAACGGCAUGACAGAGAUCAAUUUUUGUCAUAAUAUUUUAAACACCCUUUUGAUGUAUACUGUAAAGCUAGGGAAUAGACCUGUCUGAAGAUGACUUAAAUAAAUUGUAAACGUAUCCUCCAAUGGGAUUCUUCAUGCUAUUCUGAUGAGUUGUACACACUGCACCACAGCUAGGAAUCCAGGAGAUCUACAGACGUCUUCAUCAAUUGCCUGUUUGUUGAAGC